AUGGUUGACGAAAUAUCAUCAGUAAUAAAUGAUAACAAUACAUUGUUUUCACGGCCAAAUAUAUUAUUAACUGGCCUGCGACGAUCAGGUAAAACAUCUAUACAACGUGUGAUAUUUACUAAAAUGGCACCAUCACAAACACAAUUCCUUAAAUCAACUCCACAAUUAACAGUAAAUAAAUUCUCAUGUAGUUCAUUUAUUAGUUUGCAAAUUCACGAAUUACCCGGUCAAUUACGUAUUUUUCCAUCUUUACAACUUCCAAAUAAUGUCGGCGAAAGCAAUGCUCAAUCACCACUAUUUACUGAUAAUAAUACAACACAUCUUGUUGAAGCUGGUUAUAAUAUAGAGCGUUUAUUGAAAAGAUGUAGUGCUGUUGUAUAUAUAAUUGAUGCUCAAGAUGAUUAUGCUCAAUCAGUAUCAAGUUUAAAUAUGAUCAUAGAAUCAGGUCAACGCGUUAAUCCACGAUUAAGAUACGAAAUAUUCAUACAUAAAGUUGAUCAAUUAUCAGAAGAAGAAAAAGUUGAAGCUCAACAAGAUAUUCAUAAUCGGGCAACAAACGAAAAUGCAUCAAAUGUAUUUGAUUCCAUGUCUUCAAGUAUUGUAAAAUUAACCGGUGGUCGAGCACUUUAUCUCAAAGAAAUUAAUCGUCAUCUAGCAUUGACAUGUGUCUUACGUGAAGAAGCACUUACAAAACAAGCUAUCAUCGAAUACAAUGUCAAUCAAUUAAAGAAAAGCAUUUUAGAAUUGUUCAAUUUAACUCCUCAGAUAUCUUCAUCUCCUUUACCAUAA